AUGCUUCCACCAAAGAACCGUCGUAAUGCAUCGGCUGCCGAAGAAGGCGGCUUGGUGAGGGAGCCCCGGCAGGCUGAAAUGGAACGCACGCAAGACACCUCGUCGUCUCCAGCGAGUGAGCCAACCAAUUCGCCUCCAACACAAUCGCCGGCAAGGGCUCCGGGCGCCCAUACCUUCUCCAGUUCUGGUUCAGAGAACGACCUACCGGUCCCUUUCGGUCGCGCAGGCAAAAUCGCUACUCCGGGGGCUUUGCCUAGAGUUACUUUCACCUUUUGGAAAAAUGAAGGCUGCCAUUGUUAUCAUGUCGAGACUAGGGGUGUCUCCGUAGCUCGUCGCGACGACAAUCGUAUGAUCAACGGCACAAAGCUGCUCACAUUGGCUGGUAUGACAGCAGCACGCAAAGGCGCUUUGCUGAAGAGUGAGAAGACUAAACACGUGGUUAAACUCGGGCCAACACAUUUCAAAGGCGUCUGGAUUCCGUUCGAGCGUGCCUUGGAAUUGGCGAACGCGGAAAAGGUCGUCGACUUGCUAUAUCCCUUGUUCGUGGAUGACAUCGGGUCACUCGUAUAUCAGACUUUGGAUCAGAAGCUCACGCCUCAUGUUGACUCUCAACCCCAAUUCGAAGAAGUGAAGGAAACGACUGGGGGUAGCAAAGCUAGAUCAGUCCACUCUUCUGUGAAGAAAGAGGAGGACGAGGAUUCACAACCGCUCGCCCUGCACACUGUGCAACAUGUCGAACUCCAGGAGCUAGGAAUUCUUGGGUCACUAUUCAGAUCUCUCACAGAGACGCUGGGACUCAUCAUGAAGGAGUUAAGGAGCCAAUCUAGUGAUGCUGGGCAUUACAUUUCUCUAGAGUCUACCUGUGCAACUUUGUUAUUCUGGGGUACCGACCUUGGACUGCCGCGAGGCGAGCUCGACAAUGUGCUCCAAGGCUCCCCCCAGUUGCGCGACACUUGUCUGGCCGUGCUCGUAUCCAUCUCUCGAUUUGUGAGCACUUCUUUGAUACACCUUGUCAUCAGUGAACAUCAUCGAAAAGAGAUUUUACAGUCCACCGAUUUUGCGACUGUUCUGGAACAAGUCACGGACAUGAUUGGUCGACAACAUGAUUUCGCUUAUCAACCCGAGCAAGACGCGGAGACAGUGUGUCAGACCCUCCGUACGAAGAUAGAUACACUGGUCAUGUUGGCACCCAGCCUGGAAUCGCCGGCUGAAGAAGUCUUCGACGAAGAGAAGCCUCGUACUAUCCAAGACAUGGGAGAAACCCUACCGGAACAGGCCUACGCUAGUAGUGUUGCAGAAAAGUUCCCUUUCGCUCCACCAGAAAUGGUGGCCCAACUUGGGAGAUUGAACUGGGAUCGAUAUAAUCACAUUCUUCGUCUGCAACGGGAAGCAAUGAAGCAGGAGCUUCAAGAGACCACUUUCGGAAAAGCGAAAACCAUAUUCCACGACUCGGGUCUGGGUACAUCGGUACCCGCACAAUCAGAUGCGGGAGUGAACGCAGAACCUGUCUACGAACCAUCGAUGAUGUCGAGCAGGGCUGAGGCAAGUCACAAGCGUGUGCCACCACUGCCAGCCCAAGCGCGGUCUGGCGAGCCUUUCACGUGCGAGAUCUGCGAAAAGCAGGUGCAGUUCCAACGGACCAAAGCAUGGAAGUAA